UUGCCCGGCACCUUGGGCGAGGAGUUCGGAGCCGCCCCACCGCAGAGCCCACGGCCCGCCGAGCGCGAGCGACGCAGGUGUCCGAGUCCCGGCGCCGCGGCCGCCAUCUCUGCCUUCCGCGUGGGUUGGACCCGGGCAACGAGGUCUCCUUCCUACUUUGGAAACUGAAGGGACUGCGACGUAAACCAGUUCCACAUAUGAGUGAAAUCACAUGGUCUACUUCUCUGAAGUAAGAUGACUUGUCAAAAUUUCUGUGUGGCUUUGUUACAUUGGGAAUUUAUUUAUUUGACAACUGCAUUUAACUUGGCAUAUCCAAUCACUCCCUGGAGAUUUAAGCUGUCUUGCAUGCCAACAAAUACAACCUAUGACUUCCUCUUGCCAACCGGAAUCUCAAAGAAUACUUCCAAUUUGAGUGAACAUUAUGAGGCAGUUGUUGAAGCUAAAUUGAAUUCGAGUACUACCUACUUUUCUAACUUAUCUUCCAAAACAACUUUCCACUGUUGCUUUUGGAGCAAGGAAGAUAAAAACUGUUCUGUACAUGCAGACAACAUUGAAGGGAAGGCAUUUGUUUCAACAGUGAAUUCUUUAGUUUUUCAACAAAUAGGUGCAAACUGGAACAUACAGUGCUGGAUGAAAGAGGACUUGAAAUUAUUCAUCUGUUAUAUGGAGACAUUAUUUAAGACUCCUUUCAAUACUUAUGACCUUAAGGUCCACCUUUUAUAUAUUCUGCCUGAAGCGUUAGAAGAGUCACCUCUGGUCCCCCAGAAAGGCCGUUUUCAGAUUGUUCAGUGCAACUGCAGUGCUCACGACAGCUGUGAAUGCCAUGUGCCUGUGCCAGCCGCCAAACUCAACCACACUCUCCUUCUGUAUUUGAAAAUCACGUCUGGUGGAAUAAAUUUUCAAUCACCUCUAAUGUCAGUUCAGCCCAUAAAUGUUGUGAAGCCUGAUCCCCCAUUAGGUUUACAUAUGGAAAUCACAGAUGCUGGCAAUUUAAAGAUUUCUUGGUCCAGCCCAACAUUGGUACCAUUUCAACUUCAAUACCAAGUGAAAUAUUCAGAGAAUUCUUCAACAAAUAUGAGAAAAGCUGAUGAAAUUGUCUCAGCUACAUCUCUGCUGAUAGACAGUGUGCUUCCUGGGUCUUCAUACGAGGUUCAAGUGAGGGGAAAGAGACUGGAUGGCCCAGGAACCUGGGGUGACUGGAGCACCCCUCUUACCUUUACCACACAAGAUGUCAUAUACUUUCCACCUAAAAUUCUGACAAGUGUCGGGUCUAACGUUUCUUUUCACUGCAUUUAUAAAAACGAAAACGAGAUUGUUUCCUCAAAAAAGAUUGUUUGGUGGCUGAAUUUAGCUGAGAAAAUCCCUCCAAGCCAGUAUACCGUGGUGGGUGACCGUGUUAGCAAAGUCACCUUUCCAAAUUUGAAUGCGACCAAGCCUCGCGGGAAGUUCACCUACGACGCAGUGUACUGCUGCAACCAGCAGGAAUGCCACCAUCGCUAUGCGGAGUUAUACGUGAUUGAUGUCAAUAUCAAUAUAUCAUGUGAAACUGAUGGGUACUUAACUAAAAUGACUUGCAGAUGGUCGACCAAUGCAAUCCAAUCACUCAUGGGAAGUACUUUGCAGUUGAGGUAUCAUAGGAGCAGCCUUUACUGUUCUGAUGUUCCAUCUAUUCAUCCCAUAUCUGAACCCAAAGAUUGCCAUUUGCAGAGAGAUGGUUUUUAUGAAUGCAUAUUUCAGCCAAUCUUUCUAUUAUCCGGCUAUACAAUGUGGAUUAAAAUCAAUCACUCUUUGGGUUCACUUGACUCUCCACCAACGUGUGUUGUUCCUGAUUCCGUGGUGAAACCACUGCCUCCAUCCAGUGUGAAAGCAGAAAUUACUGUAAAAAUUGGAUUAUUGAAAAUAUCUUGGGAAAAGCCAGUCUUUCCAGAGAAUAAUCUUAAGUUCCAGAUUCGCUAUGGCUUAAAUGGAAAAGAAGUACAGUGGAAGAUGUAUGAGGUAUAUGAUGCAAAAUCAAAGUCAGCCAGUGUCCUGGUGCCAGACCUGUGUGCAGUCUAUGCUGUUCAGGUGCGCUGCCGGAGGCUGGAUGGCCUGGGGUAUUGGAGUAAUUGGAGUAGUCCCGCCUACACAGUUGUCAUGGAUAUAAAAGUUCCUACCAGAGGACCUGAAUUUUGGAGAAUAAUUAAGGAAGACACCACUAAAAAGGAGAGAAAUGUUACUUUACUUUGGAAGCCUCUGAUGAAAAAUGACUCAUUGUGCAGUGUGAGAAAAUAUGUGGUAAAACAUCAUACUUCCCGCAAUGGAACAUGGUCAGAAGAUGUGGGAAAUCACACUAAAUUCACUUUCCUGUGGACAGAACAAGCACAUUCUGUUACAGUUCUGGCUGUCAAUUCAAUUGGUGCUUCUUUUAUGAAUUUUAAUUUAACCUUCUCAUGGCCUAUGAGCAAAGUAAAUACCGUGCAGUCACUCAGUGCUUAUCCUUUAAACAACAGUUGUGUGCUUCUCUCCUGGACUCUAUCACCCAGUGACUACUAUCUGAUGUAUUUUGUUACUGAGUGGAAAAUUCUUAAUGAAGAUAGUGAAAUUAAAUGGCUUAGGAUCCCUCCAUCUGUUAAGAAGUAUUAUAUCCACGAUCACUUUAUCCCCAUUGAGAAGUAUCAAUUCAGUCUUUACCCAGUAUUUAUGGAAGGAGUGGGGAAACCAAAGAUAAUUAAUAGUUUCACCCAAGAUGACAUUGAAAAACACCAGAAUGAUGCAGGGCUAUAUGUAAUUGUGCCAAUAAUUAUUUCCUCUUCGAUCUUACUGCUUGGAACAUUGUUAAUAUCACACCAAAGAAUGAAAAAGCUGUUUUGGGAAGAUGUUCCAAACCCCAAGAACUGUUCCUGGGCACAAGGACUUAAUUUUCAGAAGCCAGAAACAUUUGAGCAUCUUUUUAUCAAGCAUACAGAAUCAGUGAUAUUUGGUCCUCUUCUUUUGGAGCCUGAAACCAUUUCAGAAGAUAUCAGUGUUGACACAUCAUGGAAGAAUAAAGAUGAGGUGGUACCAACAGCUAUGGUCUCUCUGCUUUUGACAGCUCCGGAUCUUGAAAAGGGUUCUCUUUGUAUCUGUGACCAGCACACCAGUGCUAACUUCUCUGAGUUGGAAAGCACCGUGAUAGCCCGUGAGGAUGAAAGCAGGAGGCCGCCCUCUGUUAGAUAUGCCACCCUCCUCGGCAGCUCUAAAUCAAGUGAAAUUGUUGAAGAGCAAGGGCUUAUAAACAGCUCAGUCAGCAAAUGCUUCUCUAGCAAAAAUUCUCUACCAAAGGGUUCUUUUUCUAACAGCUCAUGGGAGAUAGAAACCCAGGCAUUUUUUAUAUUAUCAGAUCAGCAUCCCGAUAAAAUUUCACCACACCUUCCAUUCUCAGAAGGAUUGGAUGAACUUUUGAAACUUGAGGGAAAUUUCCCUGAAGAAAAUAAUGGUGAAAGGUCUGUCUAUUAUUUAGGGGUCACCUCAAUCAAAAAAAGAGAGAGUGGUGUGUUUUUGACUGACGAGUCCCAAGUGCUGUGUCCGUUCCCAGCCCACUGUUUAUUCACUGACAUCAGAAUCCUCCAGAACAGUUGCUCACACCUUGUAGAAAAUAACUUCAAUUUAGGAACUUCUGGUCAGAAGACUUUUGUAUCUUACAUGCCUCAGUUUCAGAUUUGUCCCACUCAGACUCAGAAUAUAAUGGAAAACAAAAUGUGUGACCUAACUGUCUAAUUUCACUCAAGAAUCUUCUCAGAUUUAUGUUAGAAUGAAUCAUGUGAAGUGUAAUAUAUGUCACUAUGGUUGUGGAUAUGGGAGAGGAAAGAAAACCGUCAAAAUUGGAAAUGAUUGUCCCCAAAUCAGUGGUAUCUGUCCUCACUCAGUAAGGUAGACAAAAAAUGUGAGAAAGCCUUCAAGAGCCUGGCAAUGUAGACUGACUCUUCUAAUGAUUCCAUUAAUAAGCUCCACUGGGGAGGUCUCCAAUAGCUCGUUUCUAGCUGGAAACAAGCCCAACAAAUAUCAUCUUUUGGGAACAUUAGACCUGUGUAGAAAGAGCUAAUCUUCUCAGUUACACCUAAGUUUUGAAAGAAGACUUCAAACUGAUACUUGUGAGAUGUAACUUGCUUCGAGGGUGUGGUUGUUUUACGUUGAGUUGUCUUUGUUUUCCACUCAUUUGCACAUACACCCGUUUAUACCUAAGAGGCAUCCUCGUACAUUUUUAAAGUAUGUGGUGUAUUUGUAUUUUGUGCUACUUGACUGUGUGAUUUUAAGAUUUUGCAAUUUAACAAACUUGUCCCCAGCAUUUACUCUGUGGUAGGCACUCCACUAAAUGUUGCAGAGAAGUAAAAGAUUUAGCUCUGGCCUAGGGGAUAUACUUCUGAAGACUGACAAGUUAAACCCCCAAGAACAAAGAUGAAGAAAACAAGUCAAGAUGUGCUUAUCAGUAACAGCAGAGGCCUCCUGUUGGAGCCCUGUAUUUUCAUUUGUGGAUGAGCUACAUAUGGACAAGAAGAAUGGGAGCAGAUACUCUUCUAUUUUUAAACCUAGUUUCAAGUAGUAAGAAGACUUGGAUUAAAUUUGCAAACCAGAGGGUGAUCCUGGACCUAGAAUAAGGUUUGAUGACACCAUGAGCUGCUACCUUCUCUCAUUCCUUUCCAAUAAAGCCAACUCCCUCUUUCCAAAUAUCAAACAUAUGGUCACAUUCCCUUAGGAAUAUUCAUCUUGACGACUCAAAAGCUAAGAGGAGAUAAACUUCCUCCACAAACUGAUACCAGAUUCCGAAGUUACUUUGAUUGGCUCAGGAUCCAGGCUGGGCCAUAAGAGCUGUACCUAUGGGGCUCACCUGGAGUUGGACAACAUGCUGAAUGGAUCAGGACAUGCUGCAGCCCUAUGUCACCUAGACGUGGAUUUCGGAAAGAGACCUCUUUCCAAAUUCUUUCCGUUACUUUUUAAAAGACAUUUGUUCCACUUUUAAGGGUCAUCUUGAUAGUUACAGACUUUUCCAAACUAUUUAUUAUUGAGAAAACACAUUCUCAAAUUUAAAACACAAAAUUUUUAAAAUGGUCCACUCCACUAUGAUGAAAAGAAGCUGCAUUUGAGGGGGAAAAAAUGUAAACACAGUUACCAGAAAAAAAAAAAAGAAGAAACAUUUACAAAAGGGAACUAGAGAAGUCACUAGUUUUAUUUUUUCGUGAACAACUAAUUUAAAAUGGUAAAGCACUCCCGCACUGAAUCACAAUGUGGGGGGAGCAGUUGAGAAUUCAAAGGUCUGGAUUAGAACUGAGAUAUUAUUCCACGUAUUUGUAUAAGCAUCAAGAAAUUGUUUUCAUGGGUUCUUAUAUUGAACAAAUUAUUUUUAUACAAAGUUUAUCACUCAAUAUUUAUUUUGGAAAGCUGCUGAAGAUAUCUAUUUUUCAAAAUUAUACUUAGGAUGUUUCGCAUUAAAUUCAAUUUUGUGAGGCUCUUUGACGGGAUAUUUUAAAUAACGUUCAUUCGAAAACCCUAGAACUGAGAAAGAAUUUGGAAAAUUAUCUAAUUUUGUAGUGAAAUACCUAGAUUGCAGAUACUGUACUUUUAAAACUUGUCAUUAAGUACUUGGCAUGCGGUGAACACUUUCUCUUUAGCCACAAUUGGUACAUUAAUAAAUGUUAUAAACACAAGUGCUGAGAUGUGAUCACCAAUUGUUUUAUAAAAUGUAAUUAUUCUAAUUCUCCUUUAUGUCCCUAAAGUCAUAAAGAAGGAAAGUAAAUCAUGACUGAAUAUUUUCAUUUUUUUAUCGUCAGCAAUCAUGAGCAAAGACAGAAUUUUGAGAAAUUGAAUGUCCAAAUAGUUACUAUGAAUUUAAGUUAUUUUAGAAUUAUUUUAUCUAUUAUAUGAUUACUUUCAGCAAAGAUUUGAAAAUACAAAGAAAUAAUCUUUGUAGUUUAUAUAGUUAAUAUAAAAUUUUUAUACAUUGUUAGCCUUUACAGGGAGCCUGUUUCUCCUUCUCCUCCCUGCUUGUGCUCUCUCUCUCUCUCUG